UGCCCUUAAACAAUUUUGUUGUCUUUCGGUUGGCGCAGGCGCAGAACCCUUCAAAAGAGUCGGAAAGAAGAUAGGAAGAAGAACUAGACCAAAGUGGAUUUCAUUCAAUAGGAAAAAGCGGCCAAGGUGGUGGGAAAAAUCAUAGCAAUAUCAGCCCCCAGACCGUGCGUGUGUUUUCGUCAACUCACCACCGAAAAAGAAAUUUAUUAUCAAGGAGAGACCAGGAGAGAGCAGUGUAAAAGAGACAGCGAAAGCGACGGCCAGUGCGGGCGCGAGGGUGGAGAAAGCAGAGAGAGAGAGAGAGAGAGAGCGGCCGGGUUCGCCAGAAGCUUUCUUCCUCUUCCUGCCUCAGUCACAUUUCGCAUUUCGAGCAAACAACGGUACACUUCCUUCUUGCUCCGAAAAAAGGCCUGUGUGUGUUAGAAUAAUACAACAGAAAAAUAGGCAAGAAACAAAAAACAAAAAAAAAGGAAAUAAGUGCGACGCGAAAUGCCUGGCAACGUGUGUGUGUGUUAGUGUGAUGCAAAUAAUAGCAAUCAAUUAUUAAAGAUAUAAAAAAAACCAAACAGAAGAAAGGAGAAAGGAAAUCAAGGAACUCCGGAAAUCCAGCUCAGUUCCAAAUCGCCGCAGCAUCCACACGCACGUUUCUAACCUCACUUUCGUUUUGGAGCCGUUCAGCAGAGCAAUAACACUUGGAAGUUGUCGUAAAUCGGUCACGUUCAACACCCCCCACCCACACCCACAGGAUACACCUGAGGACGACUUACACUCUCCUGCUGAAUUCUUUUUGUACAAAAAAAAAAAACAAAAUAACAAACAACAUAAUAGAACCUGAAAAGCCAAGGCAACCUCCUGGACAAGCGCGACUCAUGGAAACAUGGAUAAACGCUCAGCGGCGACAAAACGAUUUUCAGCUAGCUAUUCCACAUAAGUUUAUAUGAACAAUUCAUACGCUUCCAACUAGGGCAAAACUAGAGCAAGCAGCACUUCCAAACUAAAACCAAAAGUAAAUAUUCAAUAUUAAGGACGAAAAGAGAAGGAUAGCUCGAGCGCACACUGCAAAUGACAGAAAGAACUGCUUCCUAGACUACAAACUUAAGAAGGAUAAAUACAACACAUUAAUACAAUCACCAACUUAACCAGCGAGGACAGGCAGAAGCAACAAACAAAUCGAACAUGUCAAACGCGGUCGCCAACAAAGCGGAAACGGAAGUAGCCACAAACAGCAGCCUCAAACAGUCGACCCCUCAGCCCGCAAACAGUCACGAUGCCGCCAAGCUACUCAACGGCAGCUUGGCCCGAACCAACGGCUUAACCCAUGCGGCCGCCAGCGUCAGUGCAUCAUCCUCAGCAACGUCAGCCGGCUACAAUGUUUCGAGUGCGGCAGGAUCGGGCUCCGUUUCCGGAUCCGGCGGCGCCAACUCAUCCUUAGCCUCAUCCUCGGCCUCGGCCGUCUCGAGCCUCCUGUCCGCGGUGACACCCUCGACGGCCCUGCCCCUGCCGCCCAGCAGCAAUGGCCUCCAGUUGCCCUACGAACGCUUUCGGGCGGAAGACACCAGCUAUGUGCCCAUCGCCCAGUUUUAUGCGGGACGCAGCGUUUUCAUCACAGGCGGCACAGGAUUUAUGGGAAAGGUGCUGGUGGAGAAGUUGUUGCGUUCAUGUCCGGAUAUAAGGAAUAUAUAUCUACUGAUACGACCGAAACGCGGUCAAGAAGUGUCGGCACGUCUCACGGAACUACUAAAUGCACCACUCUUCGAAUCACUGCGCCAGGAGAAGCCCAAGGAGCUGAGCAAAGUCAUACCCAUUUCGGGCGACAUAACUUCCGAGGAGCUGGGCAUUUCAGAGAAAGAUCAGAACCUACUGUGUCGCAAUGUUUCCGUUGUCUUUCAUUCGGCUGCCACUGUGAAAUUCGAUGAGAAGCUCAAACUGUCUGUCACAAUCAAUAUGCUGGGCACGAAACGUCUCGUUGAGCUCUGCCAUCGCAUGCUGUCACUGGACGCACUAAUCCAUGUAUCCACUGCCUAUUGCAAUUGCGAUAGAACCGAUGUGUCCGAGGUUAUUUAUGCACCGCCCUAUAAUCCCGAUGAUAUCAUUUCACUAAUCAACUGGCUUCCGGAGGAUAUACUCGAUCAGCUGACACCGAGCCUGAUUGGCAAGCGUCCCAAUACGUACACAUUUACAAAAGCCUUAGCGGAGCAUAUGUUACUUAAGGAGGCUGGUAAUCUGCCCGUUGCCAUUGUGAGGCCAUCGAUUGUGACUGCCAGUCUGAAUGAGCCGUUCGCCGGUUGGGUGGACAACUUCAACGGGCCAACGGGCCUGGUCUCGGCGCUGGCCAAGGGCAUGUUCCGCACAAUGAUGUGCGAGAAGAAUUAUGUGGCCGAUAUGGUACCUGUCGAUAUUGUGAUUAACCUGAUGAUUGCCGCCGCCUGGCGCACAGCGACCCGCAAGUCCAACAACCUACUCAUCUACAAUUGUUGCACCGGCCAGCGCAAUCCCAUUGUCUGGUCGGAGUUUGUCAAACACGCCAUGUCCAGUGUGCGCAAGCAUCCCCUGGAGGGCUGCCUGUGGUAUCCGACUGGCGACCUGCGCAUGAACCGCCCCAUGAACACGCUGAAUUGUAUAGUCAAACACUUCCUACCGGCCUACAUUCUGGACGGAGUGGCAAGGAUCAUGGGCAAGAAGCCAUUCGUUGUCAACGUACAAAAUAAAAUUGCCAAAGCUGUGGAAUGCUUAGAGUACUUUGCCACACGCCAAUGGCGCUUCAAGGACGACAAUGUCCACGCCCUGCUGCACACGCUGAGUCCCAAGGAUCGUGAGAUCUUCGUUUUCGAUGUGCGUCACAUUAACUGGGAUAACUAUGUGGAACGCUAUGUCCUGGGCUUCAGGGAGUUCCUGUUCAAGCAGCGACCCGACUCGCUGCCGGCCAGCAGAAAACGCAUGCUCAGGCUCUACUAUCUGCAUCAGCUGACCAAACUGGUGGCGGUGCUGCUCACCUGGCGUUUCCUAAUGUCGCGCUCCAAGCGCCUGAAUGACUUGUGGAGCGCCUUUCUGGAGAAUGCACUGAAGAUGGCGCGCUUGAUACCCUUUUUGUAAUUAGCCGGACGAGGAGGUGGCGACCGAUGUGGAAGCUGAGACACAUACAUAUAUAUAAUAUAUAUAUAUGUGUUUAUUCGCUGCGAUCUGACAGGAUCUGCGAUGUUCAUCAUCAUCUUCUUUGCGAUUUCUAAAUGCCCGUAACGUGGUGAAACAUUUUUGAGGUUUUUAGCAAAUAUUUUUUAUGUUACAAAUUGAGUAAACAAACAAAGCAGAAUCCACAAAACAAAAAUAUGCAAAAGAAAACGAAACAUCAACAAAACCCAUAGCAACCACUGCGAGAAAAAGGAACAUCAGAUUAAAAUAUAGCGAGUAGUAAACUCAAAAUGGGGUAAACUAUUAAAUGGCAUUGGCUCACACACACUCACACACAUCACCCAUUUAACUUAUUCAGGUGCAAUGAUAUAGGUCGGGAUUUAAAGGCCUCUGGUGUCGGUUGUUGUCUCCACAUGUCUCUCUCUAUCUCUCUCUCCUUCUGCGAGAUUGUAAAAUUUUGUGAAAUAAAUAAGUAGCGCAGUGAGAGAAGCGCAGAAGAAACCCAAAGUAGAAGAAAUGAAUUCCGGAAUUCCACCUUUUUGCAUAGAGAGUUUUUUAGGGGUGUGAAGCGUGAACUUAUGGUCGGGGAUUCAGCGGUAAUGAAUGAAGCAAUUUGCAUGAUUUUUAGUACAUCCAAAACUAUGAUACAAACCA